GUCGUGGCGGUUGUGCUUUCGUAAAGUUUAGUUCCCAUCAGGAAGCUCAAACAGCUAUAACUAAUUUACACGGAAGUCAAACUAUGCCGGGUGCAUCAUCGAGCCUUGUAGUAAAAUUUGCUGAUACUGAAAAGGAAAGGCAUAUCCGACGCAUGCAACAAAUGGCGGGGCAUAUGAAUUUAUUAAAUCCGUUUGUAUUCAAUCAAUUUGGACCUUAUGGUGCUUAUGCUCAGCAACAACAAGCCGCACUAAUAGCAGCUGCAAACGCCCCAGGGACUUACAUUAAUCCAAUGGCAGCAUUAGCAACGCAAAUACCUCACGCUCUAAAUGGUAAUGGUCAGCCAGUUAAUGGAUCGAUUCCAUCACUACCAUCGCCGACAAUGCCAACAUUUAAUAUGGCUGCACAAACUCCAAAUGGCCAGCCCGGUGGCACCGAAGGUGUUUAUACAAAUGGAAUUCCACAAACUUAUCCAGGACAUGCGUUGCAUUUAUCAAUUCCCCCACAAGGUUUACCAAAUGGUGAAGCGUCUCUACAACAUGCCUCAUAUCCUGGCAUGCAACCAUAUCCUGGUGUCGCAUAUCCAGCCGUUUAUGGACAAUUUCCACAAGCUAUACCAGCACCAAUAGCUGCGGUUGCACCAUCUCAAAGAGAAGAUUUCCUGAUGUUCCCAGGAUGUUCAAUUUCUGGCCCAGAGGGUUGUAAUUUGUUUAUCUACCAUCUACCACAAGAAUUUGGUGAUGCCGAACUAAUGCAGAUGUUCCUGCCAUUUGGUAAUGUAAUCAGUUCGAAAGUUUUCAUCGAUCGUGCUACAAAUCAGAGUAAAUGUUUUGGAUUUGUAUCAUUUGAUAAUCCUGCCAGUGCUCAAGCUGCCAUUCAAGCAAUGAAUGGCUUUCAGAUUGGCAUGAAAAGACUGAAAGUUCAAUUGAAGCGGCCAAAAGAUGCUAGUCGACCCUAUUAACAACACGAGUUCUCGAAAGUGAAGAAACUAAUGCCAGAUGAGCCUCCGGAAUGGAAAAUUCAAUAAAAAACUCGAUUUGAUAUAUUUAAAAAAAAAUAGAAAAAUUUGCCAAAUAUCGUAUUUAAAUUUAUAAAUUAUAAAAAAAAACACAACAUGAACAACAGCAAAAAAAAACUUUAAAAAAAUCAUUUGUUAGCGUAUUUUAAUUAAUGAUAAUUAUAAUAUAAAAACAAAACCAAAAAAAUUAAAAAACAAAAAACAAUAUUAUAUUGUAUAAAAAAUAUAUAUAUAUAUUAUACACUGACUGGAGAGCGACCAAUAUGAUCUGGGGUUUUCAAACAAUUUUUAUACAAAAAAAAAAUAAGAAAUAAUAAUUAAAAAAAAAUAAUUUAACAAAAAAAAUGGGAAUUUGAAGGAAUUUAAUAUAUCUUUAAAUAUAAACAAAAAAUUGUAUUAUAAAAACAAAAAUUCACUUUCAUCAGCAUAAUUUGGAAGCUACAUUAUUAUUAAAAUAAAAAAUAUAUAUAUAUAAAUAUAUGAAAACAUAUAUAUUAUAUUAUAUUGAAGGAUAUAAAUAAUAAGAAGAAAGGAGAAGAAGUAAAAAUAACAAUUCGAAUUUACCUUAAUGUUGUAACAUUUAUUUAAAUAGUUUUUUGUUUUUUGUUUCAAAAAUAAAAAUAAAAGUCGUUGAUUUAAGAAUUUUUACUAAUCUGUUGUUAAAUUUUUAAUCGCAAAGAAACCAAAAAACAAAAACAAAAAACAAAAUAAUAAACAAGUAAAUCUAGUUAGAUUUAAUUUCAAAUUAAAUUUAAUGAACAUAAUAAUUACAAAUUAUGAACAUAUAAUACUAAAAAACAAAAACCAGAAAGAUAAGAGAGGAAAAUGCUUAACUAUUAAAUUUAAGUAAAACUAAAAACAAAACAAAAAAAAAUGAUUAGAUAUUACACUAAACAAACAAAAACAAAACAUUAUUCAUUAUAAUUAUAAACAAAAAUAUACUAUAUUAUAUUACUAUACAUAUAUAUACAUUUAAACAAAAAUAUCUUUAGUAUUUUUAUAAACCAAAACAAAACAAAAAUGCAUAAUGAUUAUGCCAUUAGUAUUUAUAUAAUUUUGUUCCUUAUCAUUUUAGUCAAACAACAAUAUUUAAUAAGUUUAAAUCUUUUUUUUUUCUUUAAUUUUGAAUUUGUUAUAUAAACAAAAAUAUUAUUAUUAUUAUCAUUAAUAAUAAAAUUAGAGAAAGAAAUGUACAAAACAAUUUUUGACUAAAAAUAAAAUUAAAAUUGAAUCUACAGCUAAUAAGCCAAAUAAAUAAGAAAUUUCACUGAAAUAAGGAGUAUUUCUCUAAAACAAUAUAUUAAUUAAUUAAUUAAUUAAUUAAAAAACAAACCAAACUUGUAGAUAUAAAUUAUUUAGUUUGUAAAAAAAAUGGUAGAGCCAUGUAGAAGCAUUUUAUAUUUCUUUUUUUUUUUGGGUAAAAUGUUGUGCUUAUUUUUAAGCGCAAGGGGUGUAUGAUUUAUUUUUUUUCUAAAUAAUAAUUUUUUCUUCAAGUUCAAUUUAAAAAAAGAAAAAAACAAUUUUAAAAAAACAUCCUCUGCACUUUUAAAUCAGACUCAAAGGAACCCGAAACUAAUAUUUCUGUAUAUAUAUAUCUAUAUAUAUUUUUAUAUGCAAGGCACAUUUUUUUGUAUAAAACAAUAUAUAUAAAUAUGUAUAUAAGGCGGAUGAAAGUCCCCCCUAAGCAACACAAUUUUUAUCUGUGCGUUUGUAGGUAUAUUGUAGAAAAUAAAUUUAAAAAAAAGCCUAAAUGAUAAUACAAAUUUUUCUCAAUUUUAAUUUUUAGAUUUAGAAGGAAAUAAUUAAAUUAACAAAAAAUAAAAACACUAUAUAUGCCCUGAUAAAUAAAACAUCCAAAAUUUGAAGAAAAUUAAAAAAAAAACACAAUUCUAGUCAAAUUCUACUUAAAAAAUUUAACCUUUAAAAAAAACAAAACUAUUUGUUAGAAACUAAGCCAAUAAUGUUGUUUAAACAUAAAACAAACAAAAUACUACCGAACAAAAAGCAUUGAUUUUGGCAAUAUUUUAGGUGUGUUCUUAUAUUUUAUUCUAAUCUUUUGUUUUCGUAAUUAUAUCAAAAACAUUAAAAACAGCUUUAAUUUUUUCGUUAUAAAAAUUAUAAAAUUGGUCCGAAUAAAAACAAGGAAAAUACAUUUUUCUUCAUUAAUAACAAAAAAAAACAUAAAAGAAUAUAUUAAAAAAAUAUGUAUUUAAUAAAUAUGUAUGAUUUUUAUUUUAUUUGUUUUAAAUUAAAUUCCACGAAUGGGCUGUGAUUUGUCUAUAAAAAAAAUAUAAAGAAAUCAAAUGAGUAUUUAAAAAAAUAAAAAAAAAAACAUAAAGUUUUAAAAAACUUUACACAUGAAAAAUAAAUUUAAACAAAAACAAAAGAAGAUAUAUACAAAUUUAUGUCAUUGUACAGUUCGUUUAUUUGUUAAAAAAUUCAUUUGAUUAAUUUCAAUUUUCAUGUUCUUGUUUUUUCGUUAAUUGUGGCAUUGUCAAUACGAAAAUUAAUGAAAAAUAAAAUUGUAAAAAAAUAAUAAUUUUUAAACAAAAAAAAAAUCGAUGUCGUGAAAAGAACAUAUUUAAAUAAAACAAAAAAGAAAAAAUAUUUUUUAAAACAAUAAGAAGAAGAAGAAAAAUGCAAAAAUCAUACUUUUUUAUUACGCAUACAUUUUAGCAAAAUUUUCGAACCAAAUAAAAUAAAUAAAAAUUAAAUUAAACAAAAAGAAAAAACAAAAAACAAAAAAACCAUAAGGAUAAGGAUAAGAAUAAAA